AUGCCCGUCGCGGAAGAGCUGGCGGCCAAAGACGCCUUGAUCAAGAAGCAGCGUGACGUCAUCGCCAAAUACCUUAUCCUCGACAUCGAAGACUUUCUGGCCGAGGCGCGCGAGAAGGCAGAAGCCGAGACGGCAGAAGCGUAUGAGCGUGCGUUGGCAGAGGAAAAGGCCAGGGGCAGAUUGGCGAAAUGGAAGACAAUCUACAAACUGCAAUACGAUGGCGUCCCACUGCGCAGCAUCAUCUACUACAACCUCCGCAGCCUCUGGGAGUCUUGGGGCACCAAUCCGUACCAUUUGCACGCCGCCUGGUACGCCAUCAUGCUGACCUUGCUGUUGCUCUGGCUCAUCGGCAGCAUCGUUUGCGGAUACUAUGAAGCGGAGCAGGAGAACGGCAGCGUGCGACUGGCGAAGCUGUGCAGGGGCAUUCUGGGCUCCAUCCCGCCAAUUGUGCAGUUCAUCCUCUUCUUGUUCCCGCCGCUGUUUGUACAAUUCUGA